AAACCGUCAAUGUUUGAUACCUGCCAGGGACAGAGUUGCAUAAAUCGCAGUGUAGUGCACGGAGAGCACGUGAUGCUAGAUAGCUGCAGGCAGAUUGCGGGGCAUGUUUGAUUUGGUUGGAUUUGUUGAGACAUUGACAAGGACCCACGAGAUUUGAAAUGCUGCAUAGGUUUUAGUAAUGGAGAGUGCGCUUUUUGCUAUCUUUGACGUAUUUAUAUUAUAAGUUUGUACUGUGUUACUUAAACACCUUUCUUUAUGCUAUGACCGUGAUUCUUCCGAGUGUUAUUUGAGUGUAAACUGGUGUCAGAUUUUGGGGGGUUAUGGAUACUUUCAAUGACAUUUCAUGGAAUGUACCUGUAGAUCCAGAUCCUGAGUUUGCUUCAGCUGAAGAUUUCAAAUCAAAAUCUGUAACCUACAAAAUUCUUCAUGGAACAUUUAAAGCAGAACUAAGCAGUGACUCUUCAGAUGAACCAGUGUAUGAGAAGCCACCACCAAAACAAGCUACCAAGAAAAAGAAUAAAAACAAGAAACGUGAUGCAAAAGCAUCUACCACAUCUAAAAAUAAAGGGAAAAUAAUUAAUAUUGCAGAGGAUUGUACUUUUUCAGAGGAUGGUGUCCGUUAUUCCAUGUUAAAUGCUGCUCAACAUGCAUCUUAUGUGGCAAUGUUAUAUGCAGUUCAACAGCAGCAGCAAACAACUUUACCUCCCCAGUGUAUGGAGAUGAAAGAAAUUGUUGACCAAGAACAAAUCCAAUUCCAAGAACACAUUAAAGAAUUGUGGAAAACAUCCUAUGAGAAACAUCAUAUUCUGGUUAAUGAAGCUCUAAAAUUCACAGAAGGUGAAUGGAAGUCACAGUUGAAGAGAGUUAAAUCAUAUCCUCAGUUUUAUGCAUCACUGAAAAAAAUUCCUCUUGUAUAUCCAGAAGAUAAACCUGAAGUUCAGAUGAUUCCACUCCAAAUGUUACUGGAAAUGGGAGUUGUGCCAAAACUUCAUAUUCCUAAUGAUCCUAAUAUAACAACCAAAGUAUCCACUGAUUAUUCUAAGAUGUUACUUUUAAAUGCACCAUCUCCUGAAGAUGUCAAUACUUUACAUCAUGUAACUGUGAGUGCUGACAAAAAUGCUGAAAUACUUGCAGUUAAAGAAAAAGCUGAUAUUGUUAUCUCUUCUAGUGGAUUGAAGUGUAUUGCAGACAAUAUUUCAUCUAAAUUUGAUCGAGACUGGAAUAUUCCAAUUGUGGUGAAACAGUUAAGCAUUAAAGAUGGCAAUUCUCAAAAAUACCAUAAAGUGGUAUUCAUAGAUAAAAAAUUACCUUCAAAAACUAUGAGUGCCUGUGAAAGAAACAUAUGGUUUCAUAAAUUGGCAAUAAAAUGUUUAAUGUGUAAUUACAGAGAUCCAAUGUCCUUCAGGUAUCCUGAAAGUCAACUAAAUGAUUUGAAAGUUGAAUUUACAAAUAUGGAGAUACCUCCAAAUAAUGAUGAUGCUUUUAGUAAGAAAACUACUCAAGAUAAUUUUGAUGAUAGCGCAUCUGAUAGUUCUGAUUUAGUAAUAGAUUUACAAAGUGAAGAUGCCUCUUCAGGUGAAUUUGUUUCUGAAAAUAAACAACCAUCAGAAAUUCAAAAAGGUAAAGAUACAUAUUUCCUUCAAAAUAAUUCUGAUUACACUGUAAUCCCACCAUCUUCCAAAACGAAUGUUACAUAUAGGUUAUGGAAAUUAAACUGUGAAGAACGACAAAAAGAAGAUUUGAAUGAAAAGUUUUUGAAAGGACAGAGCUCUCAAAAAGAACUAAAAGUUUUAGUUAGGUGUAAAAUGGAUGCUUGCGAGGUACAAUUUUGUACUACUUCAUUGUUGAAGACAAAGGUUUUACCCGUACAUAUCAGCUGUAAGUUGGAAUAUCAAGCAGAGUUUGGUGUUGAGAAAAUAAAUGCAUCUACUCUUGCACGAGAAUGGACAGGCCUCUUCUUUCGACCUGAGGCAGUAUUAAGAAGAAUUCGUAUUGAUGCCUUGACUGAAGAAAUCAUAAUGGCUGAAAGGAUUAUGCUGAGAGAUAUAUCUCUGAUGGCAUUGCAUCUUCAUAAUCUUAAAAUUCGAAGAACUGUGCUUGGUUCACUGUACCAAGUUAUGAAAGAACUUGUGACUUUACAACCUGGGCAGUUUUUAUUGUCACACAAUCUUCAAAAUGGACCAUUUAUCACCAUAUUUGAGCAUACAGACAGGAAUUUUGACUACAAUUUGCAUUCUGACUACGAGUCUGUGAAUCCAAGUCUUAUAAACAAAGACAACAUACCACAAUGGACACCAAUUGAUACUAAUCUCAUUACACCUAAGCAACUUGCAACAAAACAAAUUCCAGCCACUUUUCAGCCAAAACAGAGGAAAAAAUGAAAUUGUGAAAACAAUUCAGUUUGAAAAGGAAUUAAAAGGAUGUUGAAUAAAAAAAAAGACUGCUGCAUUAUUUUUUGUUUAUUUUUUCUGCUCAAUCCAACAAGUACAAAGUAAAUUCACUGUCCUAUGUCAAAAAAGUAAGUGGAGGUUAACUAUGCUACACAUGCAAGUCAUCCAUUUUCCUGUGUUAACAGAAUUCCAGUUCAUGUAACUUGCAAAGUGAUUCAUGAGGUAUUUUAUUUUACACUAAAUCCAACACACAUUUUAUUUACAUUAGUGUCCAGCAGAACUUCCACAAAAACCUCUUCCAGUCAUUAAAUAAUACAAUUAAAGUAUACAAAAUAUUAAAUGCACAAUUUUGAAGAAAUCAUUCAAAGGCCACUCCCACUUCCCAAACUGGAAAACUUAGCAAUUAGAUUUAGUAUGUAGCAAGAGGCGGUUAUUUGUACAAUUAACAAUGUCAUUGAAUCCACAAAUAUAAUUCACAUGGUAUGGGCACCAGUUCCUUAAGCAACUUGUUACACCUUUCAGACUUGCUUCCAUGCACAGAAUUUAACAAGUUACAGCUGGACAUUUAAAGUUCUGUUACACACUUAUUAAGAUAGCUUUUUUGCUUUUUGAUACAAAGUAUCUACAACUUUUCCCAUACUGUGUAUAGUUUCUAGAGCAGUUUCGUAGGUUUUGUCCACGGGAGCUUCUUCAAACACAAUUAAAACACCUUCUCCUUGAUCCAGAAUUCCAUGAAAUUUUUUAUCUAAUAUCAUUUGUGAGAGUUUCUUCUCAACUUGAUGAGUUGGCAGCUUUAUUGAAUGGGAAAUGUAAUCCACUUGAACUCUUGAAUAUGGUUCAAUAAUGCGACAUAGAUUUUGCUCUAACAUAUUAUCAUACAAGGUGCCCAGAUGAGCUCUUACAAUUGCAUCCUCUUCCAAUUCCUUUUUAUAAGUUUUUACAGCUUUUUGAAAAUCAGCCAAAGAUCUCUUGUGACUAGCUUGUGCUACAGAUUUCAUUGCUUCUAUGUCUUUACCCGCAUAUUUCAAAGCUAGUUUACCACUAAUAAUCUGCUGGACAUCUUCUGGAGUAUUAAGCAUAAUUUUUGACAACAGCAUAUACUUCAGAGCUGUGAGAGCUUUGGGACUUUCCACACUAUCAUAGCCUUCAAAUGCUUCAUAAAAGUAUGAAUAAGCAGUUUUGAAAUCACGUUCAUCUGCAGCAUGGAGAAUACCAGACUGCAAAUCUAAAGCUGCCUGUAGUUUAGGAGGGCAGUAUAUAGCGUUUGCUGUAGUCCGGGCAGAUGUUAAAGCUGCUCGAGCUUUUGGAAGGUUACUUAGAGCAUGAUAAGUCUUACUUUCCAAAAGCUGUACUUCUACCAAUAGAUUUUUGUCAUCUAACUUCUUUAAUUCUUUAAGAAGUGUAGAACCUAGGGCUAAAGCUUCAGUAAACAUGCCAGUGUCAAAAUAUAAUGCAAUCAAACGAGCUUCUAGCGAUUGACGCAAAAAGGUUCUCCUCUCCUCCUUAGCCCAUUCAAUACACUCCUUGCAUAACUGCACUUCAGUACCAAUACCAGCUUCCAAGUCCAGAAAGAAAUCCACCAACGACCGCACUAAUUUCGCGGCUUUUGCCUUGCUUAUGAGACUCAGAAAAGGUCGGGUAGCUUUGAUUAACUCGGCCAGUUCCUUUGCCUUACCUUCUUUCUUGUACAACUCCCCAAGUUGCAGAAUGCCCUGUUCUUUAAGUCGAAUCGUAUCUUCGUCAUUUUCAGCGAUUUCUUGCUCCUGGACGAUCUUAUUGAGUAAGAAAAUACCUUCUUCUCUAUUAGUACUUGACACAGCCUGCGCCCGCUCAAACAACACAGCGCCCGCCAUGUUCACCAGAAUCGCUCCGUCAUCAACAUCAAUCGACUGUUCUAUAUUAUUCAAAGAAAUUGUACAUGUUUUCUUCCUC